AUGGACACCUCUUACCCCCGUGAAGAUAUAUUUACAUCACACCCAAAUAAGCCAGCUAAUUCUCACACCGUUGUCAAUAUAGGGGCCCCCGCAGCUCCAAGGGACCACUUAUUGUGGUCUGUGUGUAACACUGUGUACCUGAAUCUCUUCUGUCUUGGAUUCAUGGCGUUGGUCUACUCUGUCAAGGCACGAGAUCAGAAGGUACAAGGAGAUGAACGUGCUGCCCGCAUCUAUGGCAGAAAAGCACGUUGCUACAAUAUCUUGGCCACUAUAUGGAAUAUCACCCUGCCUGUUAUGCUGCUGGCUCUGUUCAUCACAGGCAUUGUGCAUCUAUCACAGGUUGUAAAUGCUUCCCUUGACCUCUUCAACCUUCGAGGCUACAUGGGCAGUACCGAAGAUGACAAGUAA